GGGAAAAUGAACGACACAUUGAGAAACAAAUUUCUCACCCUUCACAAUGAUGUAAGACAGACUGUUCGAAAUGGUCAACUCAAAGGACAACCGAUAGCCAUUUCUAUCAAACCAAUGAAAUACAAUUUGGAGCUGGAGAAGAAGGCACAAACAUUAUCUGAACAGUGUCGUGCUGGACACGAUAGAGCUGUGGAGCGAAAAAUUUCUCCAUUUCCAUAUGUUGGGCAAAAUUGGGCAGGUGCGAGUACAAUCGAACUGGGAUUCAAAUCAUGGUUGGAUGAACAUAAAUAUUAUGAUUACUUCAGAAGUUAUUGUGAAGAAGGUCAAUGUAAUGAAUAUACACAGAUUGUCUGGGAAGAAACUACCGAUAUUGGAUGCAGUGUAACAGAAUGCCCCAAUUCACCGUUCAGAUUGAGCAUUGUGUGCAAUUAUGGCCCUGGAGGCAAUUACGUCGCAAAAGAACCAUAUAUAACAAAAGAACAACAAAAAGAAACCGAUACGACAAAAAAAAUAGAAUUCCCAAAAAUCAACCAAAAACACACAACCAAAAAAGAAAGCGAAACACAAACAACCCCAAAAACAACAACAACAAAAAUAUAUACAACACACAGAAAAAUAGCCAAAAAAAUAAAAGAAAAAGAGACAACAACGAAGACAAAAUGCAGCACCACCACCACCAAAACCACAACUAAGAAGCCAACCAAGAGAACAACAACAACAACAAGAAGGACAACAAGAGCAACUACCAAGACAACACCAAAGACAACCCGCACCACCACCACCAAAACCACAACUAAGAAGCCAACCAAGAGAA